AUGAACCUGUCGGCGUCCGUGUGCUCGGCGGCGAAGCGCAUUCAGAAGGAGCUCGCGGACAUCGGCGCGGAGCCCUCCGCUGACUGCUGGGCGGGGCCGAAAGGUGACAACCUCUUCCAGUGGGUCGCCACGCUGCUCGGCCCGCCAGACUCACCUUAUCGUGGGGGAGUGUUUUUUCUUGACAUUGCCUUUCCCCAGGACUACCCCUUCAGGCCGCCACAGGUGUGUUUCCGCACGCGCGUGUACCACUGCAACGUGUGCAGCGCCAGCGGCCGCAUUCGGCUGCAUCUGCUGGACGAUGGCUGGAGCCCUGCCAUGACCAUAGCGCGCGUGCUGCAAGCCAUCAUUCAUCUCCUGAGGUUCCCGGUUCCAGAGGAAGCGCUGGUGGGCUGCAUCGCACACCGCUUCGUGUUUGACCGCCCCUCACACGACCGCAUCGCUGCUGAUUGGACCAGGCGCUUCGCCACGCGGGGUGUGAUGCUGGGAGCCUCUCUUGCUGCAUCAGGGCUGGUUGGGGGGUCAGUGGUGGGGGUGGGAGUGGGUGCUGCGUGGGGGGUGGAGGCUCGGCAGUGGGGUGACGGCAAGAUGCUACCGUGCCGCUGCUCACUCACCUUUCUCUUGAACGCGGCAGAGGAAGUGCAGAGGGAGGUGGGAGCACAGACAGGCACCUGCUCCUCUGCUCGCUGCUCACUCGCUGCUUACUCACUCACUGCCUGUGUUGCAUCGGUCUUUCAGGUCCUGCUUCUGAACGCGGCAGAGGAAGUGCAGAGGGAGAUCGGGGCACAGACAGGCGCAGCGUACCAGAGAGAGUUCUUCAAGCUGCGCCAGCAGGAGUUCCAGCCGCUCAAGAAGGCCAACUUUGGAGGGCUGGCGUCGCUGGGGCAGAGCUUCACAGUGAACGAUGUUCCCUACUUCAACUUCCAGUCAUACAUCCAGUGGAAGCUGAUCGCCCGCCUGUUCCCCACACAGCGAGUCAGGCAGGAGAUCAGUGCCCGCCUGGGGAGGAAGCUUCUAGACCGAGUGGCACCAGAAGCUGUCACUAUCGCUCUUGCACUACCCCCACCCUCCCUCUCCUCCUCCUCUUCCUCCUCCGCUUCCCCCUCGCCAUCCUCCUCCUCCACGUUUUCCCCUCUCUCCCCCGCCACCUCCCUACCAUUCGCCCGCAUCGCCACGUCAGCACCGCCAGCUUCGUCAACCGAACAGGUGGACGACCAGGAUUGGCUGGACCCGCCGUCGCUGCUGUCAAAGCAAUCCCUCCCACCAGCAGCAGCAGCAGCAGAAGCAGCCGGAGGGGGGGAGGUGCGGCCUGCAGGGCUGGUGGCUGGGGUGGAGGAGAUCCUGCAACGCCUGCUGGAUGUGGGGUUUCUGCAGGCCUACACCGUGGAGUGGGUAUCAGCAGCAGGCGGUGGGGCAGAGUGGGACAAGGAUCGUCGCGGCAGCAUGCAAGUGAAGGUGCAGGGACCGGCCAAUCUGGAUGGAGCAGUGCUGCUGCUAGCAGAGUGUAACUAUGCUCAGCGCUACUCCUCCUCCAUCAUCCGAGCAUUCUUUGAGCGAAUGGGGGUGCAGGCUGACGUGGAUGAAUACUUCUACAGGGAGAAACUCAAUUACAAGCCCAAGUCGCUUCUCGAGCAAGCAGUCCUGUCACUUGGUGACCCUCUUGUGCCGGUGGUGAAUCAGUUUGACGUGGAUGAAAUCAUUGAGACCUGGGAUCUCAGGCUACCGCCUCAGCAGUAA